AUGGCGACACAUACGGCUUCUUCGUCCGAAGACGCCCCUUUGUUAGAGUACGACUCGACGACUCGACACAGACGGCCGGAGGAAAUAACGCGCAUCAACGGCGGCGACGACGACGGUGCCCGCCAUCGCGGGAUUUUCGGUAGCGGCCCAUCGUCACCCACCUCAUCCCGACGGCGACGAAGCAGCUAUGAAACGGCGACGACGACGAAAAUCUCCUCUGGUGUGGCCCGUAUGGCUUCCAUUUCGGAGAGCCUGACGACAACGCAGAGGUCCGUCAUAUUCUUCAGCAUCUUCCUGGUGGGGUAUGCAUACGGACUGGAGUCUCAGGUCAGGUCGGCGUACCAGCCGUACGCUACGGCCAGCUUCUCGAUGCACUCGUACCUGGCCACCAUCAACGUCCUGCGCAGCGUCGUAGCCGUGGCCGUGCAGCCGACGGCGGCCAAGGUGGCCGACAUUUUUGGGCGGUUCGAGGUUGUGGCCUUCUCCAUGCUCAUGUACACGGUGGGUAUCGCCAUCGAGGUCAGCGCGGGGUCUGUCCAGAUGUUCUGCACCGGGUCCGUCAUCUACCAGAUCGGCUACACGUGCGUAGUCCUGCUGCUCGAGGUGCUGGUUGCCGACUUCUCGUCGAUGCGCGCCCGCGUCUUCUUCAGCUACAUCCCCGCCAUGCCCUUCCUCAUCAACACGUGGAUCAGCGGGAACGUCACGUCGGCCGUGCUCAAGGUGGCCUCGUGGCGCUGGGGGAUGGGCAUGUGGGCCGUCAUCUUCCCCGUCGCCUGCUCGCCCCUCCUCCUGUCGCUCUACUACCUUGAGUACCGCGAGACCCACGGCCGCCAAGGGCGAUUCUACAAGGGCGAAUACCCCAGCCAGACGGUGGGCCAGGUCGCUUCCCGGCUGUAUCACCAGCUCGACGCCGUCGGCCUCGUCACUCUGGUCUUCUGCUUCUCCCUCGUCCUGAUGCCGCUGACCAUUACGGGCGAGAAGGUGCAUCACUGGCGCGACCCGCACAUCGUCGUGCCCCUCGCCGUCGGGCUGGCCCUGAUCCCGGCCUUCGUGCUCUGGGAGAAGCGCGGCGCCCGCUUCCCUCUGGUGCCCUUCCACCUGCUGACCGACCGCGGCGUCUGGGCCGCCCUCGCCGUCCGCAGCCUGCUCAACUUUGCCUGGUACACGCAGGGCAACUACCUGUACACGGUGCUGGUCGUGGCAUUCGACUUCCCCAUCCAGAAUGCCACGCGCAUCCUGUCCUUCUUCUCCUUCUUCGGCGUCAUCAGCGGCGUUGCCAUCGGCCUCGUCAUCUACAGGCUCCGGAGACUGAAGUACAUCAUCGUGGCGGGCACGUGCAUCUUCAUGGGCGCCUUUGCCCUGCUCAUCCGCUUCUCGGGCGGUGCCACCCCGGACAACCGCGCCGGUUUGGUCGCCGGUCAGGUCAUCAUGGGCCUCGCGGGCGGCUUCUUUGCCUACCCGACCCAGGCUUCCAUCCAGGCCUCUGCGUCGCGCGAGCACGUCGCCAUCCUCACGGGUCUCUACCUCUCCUUCUACAACGUCGGUAGCGCCCUGGGAACCUGCCUCUCGGGCGCCAUCUGGACGCAGACCCUGCCCGGUCUCUUGAAGGACAACCUCAGCUUCCAGCCCGACGACACGCUCGCGGAACGCAUGUACGGGUCGCCCUUUGACGUGGUCAAGAACUUCCCCGUCGGCACCGACAUCCGCUCGGCCAUCAUCGACAGUUACCACCACGUGCAGUGCAUCCUCUGCAUCGCCGGCUUCUUCGUCUGCAUACCCAUGGUUGCGUUUGCCCUAGCGCUACGCAACCCUAGGCUAUCGGAGCACCAAGUUCAACCCGAGGCCGAGGCCGGAGACGACGACGACGCUGACGCUAAUGUCUCUGUCGGGAACGAGUACCAUGACGUCGAGGGUUCCAUGCGUCCCUGA